AACUUUCUUCCAUUUUUUAUAUACAUUCUGCAAGUCUAUUGAGAGGCAACGAAGGUUUUUAGCAGUAAAAGAAGUGAAGCGCCAUGAGUCGUGGAAGUGGAGCUGGUUACGAUCGUCACAUAACCAUCUUCUCUCCUGAAGGUCGUCUCUUCCAAGUCGAGUAUGCUUUUAAGGCAGUGAAGGCUUCUGGGAUUACUUCCAUUGGUGUCCGAGGGAAGGAUUCAGUCUGCGUUGUCACACAGAAGAAGGUCCCGGACAAGCUUUUGGAUCAUACUAGUGUCACGCAUCUCUUUGCCAUUACCAAGUACAUUGGAUUGUUAGCCACCGGCAUGACAGCUGAUGCAAGGACAUUGGUCCAACAAGCAAGGAAUGAAGCAGCUGAGUUUCGCUUCAAAUAUGGAUAUGAGAUGCCCGUGGAUGUAUUAUCCAAAUGGAUUGCUGACAAAUCGCAAAUCUAUACCCAACAUGCUUAUAUGAGACCUCUUGGAGUAGCUGCUAUGGUUUUGAGUAUUGAUGAAGAAGCUGGGCCUCAACUUUUUAAGUGCGAUCCAGCUGGCCAUUUCUUUGGUCACAAGGCCACAAGUGCCGGCUUGAAAGAACAGGAGGCAAUCAAUUUCCUGGAGAAGAAAAUGAAGAAUGAUCCUGCAUUCUCUUAUGAAGAAACAGUACAGACUGCCAUUUCUGCCCUGCAAUCAGUCUUGCAAGAGGAUUUCAAAGCCAAUGAGAUAGAGGUGGGAGUCGUGAAAAAAGAUCACCCCAUUUUUAGAGUGUUGUCGACGGAGGAGAUUGAUGAGCACUUGACAGCCAUAAGCGAGCGUGAUUAAACACAACAAAUUGCAAAAGCUGCAUGGGGAAAUCCUCUGGAUAUGGUCAAAGAUGGGUUUUUCUUAUUGAGUAAUGAGGUGCCAAAACUUGAAAUGUUUCUCAGCUUACUUGAGUACUCAUCGUACUCAUCUGGUUUUUUGUCAUACAAUGUUCAUUAGAGCUACUUAUCUAGUGGAGACUGGACUGUAGAUCAAUCUCAUUAAUUUAAAACAUUCUCGUGUGGUUGUCAUACAA